AGCAACGGCAAAGGCAAGGACUGCGUCUUCACGGAGAUCGUCCUGGAGAACAACUACACGGCACUGCAGAACGCCAAAUACGAGGGCUGGUACAUGGCCUUCACCCGCAAAGGCCGCCCACGCAAGGGUUCCAAGACCCGGCAGCACCAACGGGAGGUACAUUUCAUGAAGAGGCUUCCCAAGGGCCACCAGACCACCGAGCCCCACAGACGCUUUGAGUUCCUCAACUACCCCUUCAACCGGAGAAGUAAAAGGACUAGAAACUCCAACUCCAGGGCGGGCCCUUGA